GGUGGGUGGUAUUGCGAUGCACGGGCUCCGUGUACGCGCACUACUCCUAGCGGUGGUCGGCUGCUACUGAAUAAUACCCUCCAGAGUCACCCACGGAGUGAUAGAGGGAGGUACAAGCCAGCGAGUGGGAGAGAUGAGAGUCUUGUUCCAAUGAAACGUCAAGCAGUGUGACGAUGACAGCGAAAGGCAGACAUAAAGCGGUCCCCUUCCCUCUGGCCCAUCGGCUGACCAUGAAGGAGGUGUUCGAUGCCGAGGGCCGACCGAGGGUGGACCUGCUCAAAGCUCACCUCACCAAGGAGGGCCGAUUGGAGGAGGCAGUGGCCCUGCGCAUCAUCGAUGAGGGCGCCGCCAUCCUGCGCCAGGAACGCACCAUGUUGGACAUUGAGGCACCAGUAACAGUGUGUGGAGACAUCCACGGCCAGUUCUUUGACCUGAUGAAGUUGUUUGAAGUGGGAGGUUCCCCUGCCAACACGCGCUACCUCUUCCUGGGGGACUAUGUGGACAGGGGAUAUUUCAGUAUUGAGUGUGUGUUGUACUUGUGGUCACUGAAAAUCCUCUACCCAAAGACUCUAUUUCUUCUACGGGGAAACCAUGAAUGUAGACAUCUGACGGAAUAUUUCACCUUCAAACAAGAAUGUAAGAUCAAGUAUUCGGAGCAGGUGUAUGACUCCUGCAUGGAGGCGUUUGAUUGCCUGCCCCUGGCAGCCUUGAUGAACCAACAAUUUCUCUGCGUGCAUGGGGGCCUUUCACCGGAGAUCCACACACUGGACGACAUCAAAAAGUUGGACCGAUUCAAGGAGCCUCCGGCGUUUGGGCCCAUGUGUGACUUGUUGUGGGCAGACCCACUUGAAGACUUUGGCAAUGAGAAGACCCAAGAGUACUUUGGACAUAACACAGUCAGAGGCUGCUCUUAUUUCUAUAGUUACCCGGCAGUGUGUGAGUUUUUACAGACCAACAAUUUGCUUUCGAUCAUCAGAGCGCAUGAAGCACAGGAUGCUGGGUACCGUAUGUACAGAAAGAGUCAGACAACAGGUUUUCCUUCACUCAUCACCAUCUUCUCAGCUCCAAACUACCUGGAUGUCUAUAAUAACAAAGCGGCGGUGCUGAAAUACGAGAACAACGUAAUGAACAUCCGUCAGUUCAACUGCUCUCCUCACCCGUACUGGUUGCCUAACUUUAUGGACGUCUUCACCUGGUCUCUGCCUUUUGUGGGGGAAAAGGUGACAGAGAUGCUGGUCAAUGUCCUCAGUAUCUGCUCUGAUGACGAACUCAUGAACGAUGGCGAUGAAAUCUUCGAUGCAAGUGCAGCUGCAGCCAGGAAGGAGGUGAUUAAGAACAAAAUACGUGCCAUCGGGAAGAUGGCUAAAAUGUUUUCAGUUCUACGGGAGGAGAGCGAGAACGUGUUGACCCUGAAGGGACUGACCCCUACAGGUAUGCUGCCAAGCGGAGUGCUGUCAGGGGGCAAACAGACUCUGCAGAGUGCUACCAUUGAGGCCAUAGAAGCCAUCGAGACAGUUAAGGAUGCUGAAGCCAUCCGAGGCUUCUCCCCGCAGCAUCGGAUCAGCAGUUUCGAGGAGGCCAAAGGUCUGGACCGAAUCAACGAGAGAAUGCCGCCGCGACGUGACGCCAUCAACAGUGUGGGGCUGUCAAUGGGCCGAAUGAAUAUGGGAGAGCCCAAUGGGACCGAUAGCAACAGCAAUAUACAGUGAUGGAUGCGUACUGUCACACGGCCGGAUGCAGUUACAAAACCCUUAUAAUCACCAUCCUUACUGAUAUCUGUACAUAGACAUACUCACUACGCAAAUGCAGUAUUUCAAACACUUGUCUCACACGCAUACAAACACACAGACACGCUCACAUGAUUAUAUAGCCCUUCUCUCUGCUGUAUGUAAAGGCAUAAGUGUGGCCGGACUUGACCAAGGCGUCUCUUUUUAGAGAACAGCAACUCCCUUGUACCCGCACAACAAAGAGGACAGAAACUACUUGAAAUGAGCAGAGCGGGAGUAGCUACUAUUCACUGUGCAUGUCGGAGCUCCCAGUGGGCGGACAGUCAGCGUCGUGCAGCUGUGUCGGUGGAAUGUGUCGUGUUGACAAGGAGCGGGCGGGGUCAAGGUGCGGCCAUCGGGGACGUCUUAAGAUUCUCGUUCCCGUUCGCAUCCAAAAACGAGAAGUGGAACCAAACUUACAACAGUAUGGUUUUUUCAGUUUUUUUUUUAAAAAAUAGAAUUGCGAAUAUGCUUUAACAAUGUUCAUGUAGUUAUAUUUGACAAAUGUGCCGUUCUUCACCAAGAUGAAGAUGUGUGGCUUCUCAAACAGAGUUGUGCAAAGAUAAUCGAAGCCGCAGACUGAUCUGAGCCCUCGUCUGAUAUUGUGGGGCGUAGAUUCCCGUUUGCUUUUGUAGCACAACACCUCCAUUUUGAGUGGAGGCCCACUCGCCCCCUCUGGUCUCAGGCUAACUAGCUCUCGGGGAAUAAUAAUAAAAAAAAAAAAUCUGGAACAAGGCUGAAAUAGGAUUCUUGGAACGUUUAUAUUGCACACAUGAUGCAAGAUGCAACUUAGCGGAAAUGGAAUGCUUUAUGUAUAUGAGGGGACUGUGGUUGAAAUGUGAAGUCAUAGUUCAUUAAUUCCCUUUCCACAACCCUCUUGCUCCCAAAUGGCAGUGAUGGCCGACAAUCUACGGCCUCAAAAGUAGGAAGUUAUAUUUUACAGGAGAAACACAAUCUUAAGCUUUCAAGACGAGAAAGAAAAUCAAAGGAAAAGUCUUUGUAAAGCAUUCAUAUUAACGCAUCGGUGCAUGCAGAGUUAAGUUAUUUGAUAAUGUGAAUUAUAUUUGUGCUCUGUGUUUCACUAUAGUCGGAUUUUUUUCCCCUUCUGUUUUUCUGGCUGAUAUGAGCUGAGGAAUAUGAAUAAUUUAUUUUGUACAUAAUGUUAAAUCACUUUUUUUGUAUUCACUUUGUGUUAUAUUAUGUUGACUUUUCCUCCCAGUUCUUUUCAUCACCCGCUUCCUGUUUCUUUUAGCGCUGUACAGAAUGACAAUACUGUACACUUCCAAUCAAAAGUGUGGAGUUCACAGCUAUUCCUCUGUUUCUUGGUCAAUGUACAGGAAUCGUUUGUAAUGAAAUACAAAUGAGUAUCGAAUACCACGCUAUAUACAGAGGCACAGGCAUUCAGGCAGCCAAAAGCAUGAUUGCAUGAUAAAAAUAAGUAAAUACAUAAAUUGCGCAGUUCAUAGCUAAAAGCAGCAAGACACAUUUGAACAGAAUUAAGCCGGUUAUGUUGCAUUGACAAUUUAAAGGCAAAAAAUUUACUCUCAUAAAUAUUGAUUUUUCUUGUUAUUUGAUAUUUAUGGUUCUAUGAUUAUUAUAUUUAUUAUGAACAUUAUUCUUAAUAUAUAAGCUCUCGCUCACUGCAAGUUGCUCUUUAUGUUGCGUUGCCCCUUGGUUGAUCUUGUUGUGCUUUGGGAGAGGUGAAACCCCCCACCCCACCCCCUGGAAACCCGUGCCAUAGCGACAUGCCAUGGUUCUCUCUCUCUCUCUCUCUCUCUCUCUCUCUCUCUCUCUCUCCCUCCCUGUCUCGCUCUUUUGGUUUCAACUCCCCAUCCACUAACACUGUAAGCAUGCCCCAUGGGACGAUCCACUUUUUUUACUCUUGAAUAAAAUAUGCAUGAACCUUU